AUGGCCGUGUGCGGAGAAACAACACCGCUCAGUACAUCAAGCCGGUCACAUGGACGGGGCAACGGAAACGAGCAGUGCGUCCCAAACGUUGUGAAGUCAUUAGCUAGCCAUGGAUUACCAUUUAGAGGAACUGAAGAAAGGUAUGGAUCUUCUAUUGCUAAUAGUGGUAAUUUUAUUAUGGCAAUGGAAUUAGUUGCAGAAUAUGAUCCUUUUUUGUCUCAGCAUAUAAGUAAAUAUGGGAAUCCAGGUAAAGGAAAUACAUCGUAUGUAUUACCAAAUGGAGAACCAGUGGAACGUUUUAUUGGAUUCAUUGACGAUGCUGGGCAUAAGGUAGAGUCGUUAACUGAGGCUAUAUUUUCCAUAUUGAAGAAAUAUGACUUAAAUGUUUGUUUUCUUAGGGGCCAGUCUUAUGGUAACGCCAAAAAUAUGUCUGGCAUAUAUUCCGAUGUCCAAACAAGAAUUAAAGAUGUUAUUUCCUUAGCUGAUUUUGUUCCCUGUUCCACUCAUUCGCUAAUUCUCGUUGGAAUGUGUGCUGCUAGUUGUUGCGAAAAAGCAAACAAUUUUUUUUCAUUCACCCAAAACUUUUAUGUUUAUUUCUCUUAUAACUUAUAG